GGUACCGUCAGAGCCCUGUGUGUGUGCGUGAGUGUGUGUGCUGGAGAGGGAGGGCAGCCGUGGCUCAAGGUGUCAGAAGGGAGGGUGGUUUAAAUUUAACUGCAACAGGGCUGAUAUCUGCAUGGCAGGUCCUGUCUCUCCCCCUGUGCUCUCUCUUUCUCUCUCACACACACACAGUCUGUCUUCACAGUCCCCAGCCACAGACAUCAUCAAACACACACACUCACACAUGCACACAGCAGCAGCUCCCUCAGUCUGUCAGGAGACGCUCCUCUUCCUUCUCUAGCACCUAUCAGACCACCUGGAUUGUACGAGAGGCCAGCUGGGGACGCGACGGCGGAGAGAAAAGGGGGACGCUCACCGUCGGGAAGGAGAGCAGAGCGAAGGGGAAAAAAAAAAAAAAAAAAUCACACUGAGGAUAACGCUUCAUCCAAACCGGCAGGCUGAAGGCACAGCCAGUGGCACUGCAGAGGCACAACAGCACAGAGGGCUAAGGCUUCGCUGCGAGAGUGUCAGACUGUACAAAGGUUCAUCCCUCUCAAGACAAGUCAAGUCAGGUAGAGGAACAUGCGAUCCCGCAGCAACAGUCUGGAAGACAUAACCAAGGCCAAGCCAGUGCUGCAGCAGCAGGCGGACACACGCAAGCGAUCUGCAGAGCGAGAGGAGCCCUCAGGAAGAGCUGAGCGCCGCAGCCGACACCGCGAGCCACCGGACGACACCGGCACCAUUCAGCGGAAUCACAAGAUGGCCAAGAACAGCACCUGUGCCGGCGGGAGUGGCGGUGCCGGUGCUACUAAGGGCGGCCGGAGGGAAAAGGGCAGGGACCUUUCCCGAGAUGACCUCGUCUUUCUGCUGAGCUUGCUGGAGGGAGAGCUACAGGCGAGAGACGAGGUGAUCACAGUGCUGAAGGCAGAGAAAAUUGACUUGGCCCUGCUAGAAGCAAAAUAUGGCUUUGUCACACCACAGAAGGUCCUGCAGGCCCUGCAGAGAGACGCCAUCCAGGGCAAGGCUGAAGACUUCCAGGAGGACAUUUAUGAGAAGCCCAUGGUAGAGCUGGAUAAAUUAGUGGAGAAGCAGAGGGAGACACACCGGCGGAUGCUGGAGCAGCUGUUGAUGGUGGAGCAGUCGCACAAACAGACCCUGUACAAGCUGGAGGAUGAGAAGAGGAAUCACGGAGAGUUCAUGAAGAAGAGCGACGAGUUCACCAACCUGCUGGAGCAGGAGCGCGAGAGGUUGAAGCUGUUAAUUGAUCAGGAAAAGGCCUACCAAGAGAGAAGAGACGAAGAGAACAAUAAAAAGGUCACAAGCCUGAAAGAGGAGCUCACAAAACUCAAGUCAUUUGCGUUGAUGGUUGUGGAUGAACAGCAGCGUCUCACUGAGCAGCUGAAUCAACAAACAGCUAAGGUCCAAGAACUGAGUGCCAGUGCUUCACAAGCCCAGGAGGAGUUGAGCUCAGCUAAUGCCCGUCUGCAGGAAGAGGAGCAAAAGGUCUUUCGCUUGGAGUCUGAGCUGCGUGACCAAGCUUGUCGAUACCAUCAGGAACAAGAGACCAUGACCGCCAAAUUGACCAGCGAGGAUGCCCAAAGCAGGCAGCUGCGCCAGAAACUGUCAACUCUCAGCAGGCAGCUUGAUGAGCUGGAGGAGACCAACAAAACCUUGCGCAGAGCCGAGGAAGAACUGCAGGAGCUGAGGGACAAAAUUAGCCGCGGUGAGUGUGGAAACUCUAGCCUCAUGUCUGAGCUUGAAGAGUUACGGAAAAGGGUACUUGAAAUGGAGGGAAAGGAUGAAGAGUUGAUCAGAAUGGAGGACCACUGCAGGGACCUCAACAAAAAACUGGAGAAAGAGGCCAACCAAAGCCGAAGCCUGAAGGCUGAAGUUGAUAAACUGAACCACAGAAUUAUGGACUUAGAAAAAUUAGAAGAUGCAUUCAGCAAGAGCAAACAAGAAUGCAGCUCACUCAAAAGUAACCUGGAGAAGGAGAGGACAGUGUCAAAGGUUCUGACCAGUGAGCUGGAAGUCUUGCAAGUCAGGGUCAAAGAACUGGAGGCAGCUGAAACCCAACUGGGAAAGACAGAGCUGACACUGAAGGAAGAUCUAACCAAGCUAAAGACUCUGACCGUCAUGCUGGUGGAUGAGAGGAAGGCAAUGGCGGAGAAGCUAAAGCAAAUGGAGAACAAGGUCCAGAACAGCACUGGCAAACUUCAGGCUGAGCAGGACAAAGUAACGUCAGUCACAGAGAAGCUAAUUGAGGAGAGCAAGAAAGCACUGAGGUCAAAGGCUGAGCUGGAGGAGAAAAUGUGCAGCGCUACAAAGGAAAGGGAUGACUUGAAGGCCAAGUUGAGGGCUGAGGAGGAAAAGAGCAAUGAUUUGGAGUCAAAGAUCAAUAUGAUGAAGAAAAGGCUUCAAUCGCUCGAGACCAUAGAAAGGGAAUACCUGAGAAACAAAGCUAAAGAGGAGCAUAUCAAAGCACCUAUUGCUAACCGCUUCCAACAGGAGGACAACAAAGUAAAGGAUUUGACGCAGGAGGUUGAACGCCUCAGGUGCAAAUUAAAGGACAUGAAAGUGGUAGAGGGUGAUUUAUUAAAAACAGAGGAGUUUGAAUCACUGGAGAAAAGAUUCAACAAUGAACAAGAGAAAGCUAAAGCCUUGAUGGAAGAGCUGGAAAUAUCCAGAAAAGAACUUUCAAAGUAUCAACUGGCUGAAAAGAAAGAGUGCAACCAAGAGCACGUUCUUUAUAAGCGUUUGAAGGAUGAGGAGGCAAAGUCCAGUCAUCUGACCAGAGAGGUAGCAGCUCUGAAAGAGAAGAUUCACGAGUACAUGGGAACAGAGGAGUCCAUUUGCCGCAUGAAAACUGACCACUCUACACUGCAAAGAAAACUGACUCAGCAGGAGGUCAGAAACAAAGAACUGGCCAGAGAAAUGGAGACACUCACUCGAGAGCUUGAAAGAUACAGACGAUUUAGCAAAAGUCUUCGCCCUGGCAUGAAUGGGAGACGCUUUUCAGACCUUCAUGUUGCUACCAAGGAAGUUCAGACAGAGCCACUUGACCUCAUGUCUCCCAACUGCAAGACAGUGGCCCCACUGGAACGUGCUGUGGUGAACGGCAAGCUUUAUGACGAGAGUGAGCCUGAAGAAAAUGCAAAUUACAGCAACGAACUUCAGCUCACCAAAUGCAGCCCCUCACUUAUCAACAAUGUAAAUAACCUAAACAACAACAUGAGACGAGCCCGAGUCCCAUUCCUGAAAAACAAAGACACCCCCCAUCAGGUGAAUGGCAAAGUGCAGCCACGGCAGAAUGGCAACCACGUCCAGCCUGGAGAUGUUGUGUUGACCCACAGUCCUGGCCAGCCUCUGCAUAUUAAAGUGACUCCUGAUCACGGGCACAACACAGCAACGCUAGAAAUCACCAGCCCGACCACAGAAAACACCCAGUCAUUCACCAGCACUGCCGUCAUACCCACAAGUGGAGGUCCACCCAAACAGAGAAUUACCAUCAUCCAGAAUGCCUCCAUAUCCCCCACUGCAAAAUCCAUUUCCCCAACAAGAAAAUCUAAAGGUUCCCCUAUGUCUGAUGAGCCGUGUUCACCAGAUAGGGCCCUAUCACCUUUCACUAUGGCUACAUACUCCAGAGCAAUGACCCCAGACUCUUGUGGCUCUGUAACACCAGACAGAGCCAUGUCACCUAUACAAAUUGUGUCAGUCACAACGGGCACCCCUGACCGCUCCCACUCCACAGAGCCAGUGGAGGUCGUUGGAGGGCAUGCCGUCUUCCGCGUGACCCCGGAAAGGCAGAGCAACUGGCAGGUCCAGAGAUCUAACAGCUCGGGACCAAACGUCAUCACCACAGAGGACAACAAAAUCCACAUUCACUUAGGCAGCCCCUUCAUUCAGAGCAUCACCACUCCGUCACAAACACUGAGUCCAUGCCACACACCUGGACUCCAGGAGCAAAGGACUCAGGUGCUUGCAAACUGCAGUACUCCUACUGCCAAAGGCAACAGCAAAAUCACAAGUAGCAUCAUGAUUAAGCCCACCUCCACCCCAAUCCAAAGGCCAUCACAAAUUACAAUACCUCUAGAAGCAUUCCGACGACCAGGACCUACAAGAAUCCCAAAACCGAAAAGUUACAGCUCCCAGAAAGGGGCAAACAGCACGGCAGUUAACAUGGGACUGCAGAACAAGAGUCAGCCGCCACAGACUCAUCUAACCACUGGGAAAGAGCAGCACGCACACUCGCCUGCAGCACACAACAACAACCCAAAUCUAGUGAACCGCAGACUGUGACAUCAGUGAGACUUGUUUUAUUUAAAAAAAAAUCUUUUGGGGUCAAAGGUCAGCUUACACCUACACUAAAAACAUCCAUCCUCAUGCUUACUAAAAAUCUAAAAUGAGGGAUUUUCUCAACGUAUUGUUUUGCAAACUACCUGCAAAAGAAAAAUAACAGUAGAAUUAAAACUGUUGGUACUGCUUUAUUCUUUACUAAAUCUUUUAAGAUAUGAACUGUUCCACUGUAACCUACUCCUCAUCUGUGGUGCUCUGAAAGCUGCAAAAUCUAACUGUUGAUUGUGUCAAUAUUCUGUUCAAUGUGUAAACAGUAUUAAAAAAAACAGACAUAAAAACAUUUUUAGAAAGUAGCUCCUGUGUGAGGAUGUCACUGUGAUCAAAAUAAAUGAAACUGAAGAGUAAUAUUAGAACACUAAGCGUGUUAUAUUGUCAUGUUGUCAAAUUAAAAUGAAUGUUUAUUUGUAUUGUGACUCUUUGUGUUCAUCCUUGAUGACUUUAUCUGUUGUCAAAUACAGAUAAUGGAACAGCCAUUUAUCCAUUUCUAGGGAUGGAACACAGAUAUUUUUAAAAUAAGUGGCAAUAAUGUAUAUAAGUGUAUAACUGAUGUGUUGUAACGCAGCUCCUUGAUAGUAAUAAUCUCUCAAAUGUGACAUUUGUGUUAUUUUUGGUUAUCAAUAAAGACUUUUUAUACCUUGAACAAGA